AUGGGUAUCCCUGGCCUCUGGGACAUUCUUGGCGAGGGCGAAGUGAAGUCUCCCGCCAAAUUGUCCACCGACCACUUUCGACAACACAAGCGACCAUUACGCGUCGCCAUUGAUGAAGCCGGAUGGCGCUUUCACAACCUCAGCGAUGCACAAGUUGCCGCCAUCCGCCAGAAAGUUCCCGAAGCCAAUCCCAUCGAGAAGGCAAUCUUGUGGCGAGUGCUCAAACUCAUGCGGAUGAACAUCCAACCAAUCUUCAUCUUUGAUGGAACCUCUCGGCCUUGGAAACGAGGUGGUGUGGCUGGCAAAAUCGAUUGGAAGAAAAUUGAUUUGCUCAGAAAGACAUUGAACAUGCUGAAGAUUCCGCAUCAUCGGGCGCCGGCAGAGGCGGAAGCCGAGUGUGCGUGGUUGAAUGAGUUGGGCAUAGUAGAUGCCGUGUGGACUGACGAUGGAGAUGCGCUCAUGUUCGGAGCCAAGGUACUGAUUAAAGAGCAUCGCGAAGGUCGUGGUAACACCGCGAAGAAAAGCGAUACGCUGGUCAGGAUAUACCGUGCAGAUGUCAUUGAGCAGAAACAUCGCAUCAAUCGACAAGGCCUGAUUCUGUUUGCUCUCCUCAGCGGCGGAGACUACGAUACCAAAGGUUUGCCUGGUUGUGGACCGAUGGCAGCCCUGAAAGCUGCACAAAUCGACAAUGGCAGGCUGGGAAAGAUACUAUGCGAGACUCCCUUGCUUCAACUGCAUUGCUUUACCGAAUCGUUACGAGAGUUCUUUCAGAUGCCAGGUAGUCCCAGUGUCUAUGUACCUCCUGGCUAUCCUCGAGACUUGCAUGUCAAGAAUUACCGCGAGCCGAAGGUGUCGACUUCUGAACAAGCGCACGACUUGCGAGGCCUGAAGAAUGGCUGGUAUGUGCCGAUCGACGAAGCAAAGUUGCGCCCUUUUCUCCUGGCAAUGUUCAACUUCGACACCAAAGCAUAUCUCAAGCACAUUGUGCCUCUCUUGCUGGUCAGAGAGCUUGUCCAGACGACGCCAGAGACUGUAGAUAAGAACUUGGUCUUUGAGCUUGAUUUGCGACAAAAGCGUGGUCGAGACCACAACGCCGAAUGUCUGGAGCGCCAGAUUACUUUCAACCCGAAGAAAUGUACUGAGCUCAAUCUGUGGACAAAACCAGAUAACGAAGCCUGGGCCGAAGGUGCCUCUUGCGCCAUCCCUUCCCGCCCCAGCCCUUGCCGCGCCAGUCCCACCGGCACAAAGAAGAGAAGUGCUUCGCCAGCAGAGCUUUCCGCUGCCACAAAGCGCCUGUUUCGCGAUCUCCACGGCGAGCCCACUCCUGAGAUGAUUGAGCCCAACAACAACAACAAUGAGGUCACCCAAGAGGAAGAAAGCGAGGAGGACGAGAAUGAGGAGGAGGACGAAGAGGCUGACUUCGCUUACAAGCCUCAUGCGAUGCAAAGCAACGCAAUUGCUGAGUUCUACCCAGAGACUAUGGCCGCUGGUGCCACUACGCCUAUUGCACCCACCUCCAAGCCCGAUGAGGCUGCUUCUCCUGACCCCGAGCCAUCUAGUCCUGUCUCUCCCAAGCCCACCGGGGCCCCGUCACAGCCUCUCGCUCCUACUCCUGGAAGUCUUUCUUGCCGCUGGGAAAGCUGUAGCAGAACCUUUUCUGGCGACAACGCCGCUACCCUCCUCUGGGUGAGUCUUCCCUGCUCCUACCUGAUCUCUCCCUUGACCCUCGAUCAGCUCUAA